CAUACUCCGCCACCAACCAUGGCCGGCGAGAGGUUUGAGCUUCCUGUCAUUGAACCGACAGAUAAACCUCGCAUCUCAACAAAUGUCCGAGCUGUAGGCAAAGACUCGAGAACCAAUUCUGCCGCCAGCUCUUCUGUCCACUUCUCACCAAUAUCAUACAACACAUGCAACACUGAGUCAACAUUCGUAUCACCAGGCUUGUUGCGACAAAAUUCUGUUCGCGAACGACCUGCUCUACAAGGAUAUCCCAAACUCGCACGAUUUAUUGGAGAGAGACCUGGUUUUGCAAUCUUUCGACGUUUCUCAGAACUCAAUGCGAGGGNNAAUUUGCUGUAUCUUCAGGCGGAGCUGUUGGAUGUUGAGGAAGAGCUUUAUGAGACUGAGUUUGAUGAUCAGAGGGAUCAAGAUCUGAAGCAACUGCAAUUCAGCAUGCGCGAGGGCUCUAGAGCUCGUUCUCGAUACAAGUUGUACGAAGAGAAUCGCAGCCUUCCACGUCCAACCCACGGCGAAGUACGAGGUCUCCGAGAAUUCAUCUGCGACAGCGAUAUACACGGUCACAAUAACGAGCAAGAAUGGUUACAUCAUCCCGAAAACACAAUCUGGAGUUUGAGUGUUGAUGAGAAGGCCAAAUAUGAAACAGACCAACAACGAGCAAGAGCACACGAAAGAGCAAAAGCAACACAAACGGAUCUUGUCAGUCUAUCUGGACAUGUGGCACCAGAUUCAUUCACCAAUCUGUUGAGAAGCAAAGUUGUGCAACGAUUCCACGUACUUUUUGGUCACAGACUGUUGCAAGAAGAUGCAGAGUUUGGUGGCCAUAUGUACAGAGGAGAAAUACUGGAGAAGCUGGCCUUCUAUAUCAGCAUCUUAUUCGCCUCUUUACUUCCUACCGCCAGUAUCAUCGCUCUCUAUUAUAUCCCUGUUCUUAUCUGGAGAUUGAUCUUCAUUGGACUUUGGAGCGCGACAUUCAGUAUCUGCCUCGCAUUCUUUACAUCGGCCAAUCGAAUUGAGAUCUUCAUGGCCUCUGUAGCUUUGGCGAGUGUGCAAGUGGUCAGUAUCAUCUCGAGUCAAUUUCUGGAAGUCAAGCAUGUCUAA